AUGAAGCGUUCAUCAAUAAAUAAUCGUGUUAAAGAAAUAACAUCAAAACCAACAAAUAACGAUACUAUUAAUUCACCUACAUCAACGAUAAAGUCAAAAUUUUCUUUGCCCGUAAGAAAAUCCGGUCCAAAUAUAAGUCGACCGAAGUCUGACACUUCUAUUUCAAGACAAAACGAUCAUGUCACUUUUGAACCGCAACUGAUCUCAAAUGAGCGAACGAUAGAAGAUAAAUCAACCUUACAUCCAUAUCGAUCAAAUACAACGCCACCUUAUCUAGGCAGAUCUCCUUCUACUCCAACACUACGUAAUUCUAAUUCAUCAUCCAACACUGAUUUACCUUCGAUUGAAGAUGAAUUAUUCUCAUCCUCAUCACCGCCUCAACUGCCUCCACUUUUACCAACAAUAACAUUUUCCUCCGAUCUUAUAUGUGAAUCAUCACCUCCUUCAUCACGUGCUUCUUCCCCAAUUGUGUCUUCAAGUCCAAUAACGACGCCCUCAGUUUCACCUUCUAAUUCAUCAAUAUCUUCAUCUGAUACUACAAAUGACGAUGAAACUGAAGCUCCUCUUGAUAUAACCACUUUUCUUGCUGCCCCUCGUCUCACUCAACGUGUUCGUCUAAAAAGUGGUCGU